AUGACAGCCCACGGACACCACCUCCACCAUGGCAAGACGCCCGGCGGCAACUCUUCUCCAAUUAAUUCGGCCACCGGCAAGGCCGCGCCAACAUCUCCGCCGGCCACCUCCUCCUCGACCGACGGCAAGGGUAGCAGCAGCAACCGAAAACGUCGAAGACGACGUCGUGGGCUGUUGAUUGGGCCGGCUGUGUGGGCGGCCUUCAAGGAGGAGCAGAAGGGUGUUACCCGCACGCUCCUCGGCUUCGACGACGAUAACGCCUUCCGAAAGGAGGCUGACGACACAGCAGCACCACCGCCAGAGGGAGCUGGCGAAGACAGUGGAGUCGAGAACGAAACCAUGGAAGAAGAACUGCGGCGGCGGCGGCGGCGACUGCAGGAGGAGCAGCGACGGCAGAGACCGGUCCCUAGAACGACGCUCGGAACGUUCAUGGUGGAGACUCGCAGCCGGAGCCCCGACAUGGAGGCCAUGGUUCCCAUAAUGAAGUCCGUCGGAAAGACUUGCACCGCCGUGUCCCGUCUCGUUCGACGCGCUCAGAUCGAAGGCAUGGCCGGCCUCCACCAAGACGGCGGCGGCGGCGGCGCAGCCGGUGCCGGUUCGGAGUCGGAGUCGGUGAACGUCCAGGGGGAGGUCCAGAAAGAGCUGGACGUGCUGUCCAACAGCAUCUUCCUGACGGGCUUCUGCCAGCCGGGCGGCAUGUCGUGCGUCGCCAGCGAGGAGGAGGAGACCCCCCGGAUGUGCGCCGCGGUGGUGGGAGACGAGAAGCACGGGGGGGAGUAUGCCGCGGUGUUCGACCCCUUGGACGGCUCCGCCAACAUCGAGGCCGGGCUGCCUUGCGGCACGAUCUUCGGCAUCCUCCGGGCCUCAGGCAGCGCCCGCGAGGGACGAAAGGCGGGGCCGUCGACAGUCGUGCUCCCGGGGCGGAGGCUGGUUGCGGCGGGAUACUGUCUCUACGGGCCUUCGACGAAGCUGGUUUUCACUCUGGGCGCAGGCGUUUUUGAGUUUACGUUGCGGGGGGAGGUGGCGCAGGGGGGGGCAGGGGAGGGAGGGCUCGGAGGCGGCGAGCUGGACUUCGUGCUGACGAGAUCGAACUUGAGGAUACCUAGGAGCGGAAAUGUUUACAGCGUGAACGAAGCAAACUCGGUCUCCUGGUCCGAGGCGAUCCAAGACUACUUCCAAGACCUCAAGACCACCAUGGCGACUCCCCCGUCCUCUGCUGAUGGUGGCGGCGGUGGUGUCGACGAGGAGGCGGCAGAGGUAGAGAACCAGUACGCCGGCGCGUUGGUGGCCGACAUCCACAACGUGCUCGUCAACGGGGGAGUGUUCGCUUACCCGGCGGACGUUCGUAACCCCAACGGCAAGCUGCGGCUGCUCUACGAGGGCAACCCGAUAGCCAUGAUAGUGGAGGAGGCCGGGGGCAUUGCCACCACUGGGUUCGAGGCGAUCAGAGAUGUGCGCCCGCAAUCGGUGCACCACCGCAUCCCCGCCUUCUUCGGCAGCCCGGACGACCUGCUGCCGCUCUUAGACCCGAGGUACCUGCACUCCAAGAAGAAGAGAUGA